GUAGAAUGCUGCAAUUAGCCAAUGCCUGAUCAAUUCCAAAAAAAUUUCACAGAGCUUAAUACUUCCAAGUUAAUUUUUCCAUGGAAAAAGAUGCUUGUUCUUGUUGAGUCUGUCUUUCCUGAAUAUUUUAACUUUGAACUUUCACUAGAAUUUUGACCAGCAACACCUCAAGUUUCAGAAUAAUUCAGCUAACUGAAGAUAGCCCUCAGCUCAACCUACACAGAAUUCUGCUAGAUCCCCCCUCUUGUUAUUCCACAGGGGAACAUCUACAGGCGCAUUCCAUUCCAGUGCAGAACUUCGGAGUAUUUGUUCACAAUGACUAUCCACUGUAAAUCAAAAUGUGACAACCCAUUUCUAAUUUCUCCUAAAGCUACUGGGAAAAGAAUCAAAUUUUAUUGCCUUGUCAACUGCACAAUUAAAGAACAUCAGAUUGCAGAAUGUUGCUUGAAUUAAGAUUCAUCUGUAGAAAAACAUCAUUAAGAUACAAUGUUGGAAACCUAAGGAUUUGCAAGGUUUAUGUAGCUCAGAAGGGUAGGGUUAUAAGAAAGAGGUCCGUAGUAAUAGGGGACUCAAUAGUCAGGGGCUCAGACAGGCAUUUCUGUGGAGGUGACCGGGAGUCCCGGAUGGUAAUUUGCCUCCCUGGUGCCAGGGUUCGGGACUUUUCUGAUCGCGUCCAAGAUAUCCUGAAGUGGGAGGGUGAAGAGCCAGAGGUCGUGGUACAUGUAGGUACCAAUGACAUAGGAAGGAAAGGGGAAGAGGUCCUGAAACAAGAGUAUAGGGAGUUAGGAAGGCAGUUAAGAAGAAGGACCGCAAAGGUAGUAAUCUCGGGAUUACUGCCUGUGCCACGCGACAGUGAGGGUAGGAAUAGAAUUAGGUGGAGGAUGAAUGCGUGGCUGUGGGAUUGGAGCAGGGGGCAGGGAUUCAAGUUUCUGGAUCAUUGGGACCUCUUCUGGGGCAGGAGUGACCUGUUCAAGAAGGAUGGGUUACACUUGAAUCGUGGGGGGACCAAUAUCCUAGCGGGGAGGUUUGCUAGGGCUACAGGGCGGACUUUAAACUAGUAAGAUGGGGGGGGGCGGGAGACUAUUUGAGGAGACUAUGGGAGAGGAGGUUAGUUCACUAGUGGAGCAAGUAAAUAGACAGUGUGUGAGGGAGGAAAGGCAGGUGAUGGAGAAGGGAUGCGCUCAGCCCGAAGAUGUAGGGGAGAAGAAAGAAAAGGAUAAUAAAUUUGAAUGCAUUGUUAGGGAUGGAAAGAGAGGAGGAGAUGGAGAGAAUCUUAAAUGUAUCUAUUUUAAUGCUAGGAGCAUUGUAAGAAAGGUGGAUGAGCUUAAAGCGUGGAUUGAUACCUGGAAUUAUGAUGUUGUAGCUAUUAGUGAAACAUGGUUGCAGGAAGGGUGUGAUUGGCAACUAAAUAUUCCUGGAUUUAGUUGCUUCAGGUGUGAUAGAGUAGGAGGGGCCAGAGGAGGAGGUGUUGCAUUGCUUGUCCGAGAAAAUCUUAUGGCAGUGCUUUGGAAGGAUAGAUUAGAGAGCUCCUCUAGGGAGGCCAUUUGGAUGGAAUUGAAGAAUGGGAAAGGUGCAGUAACACUGAUAGGAGUGUAUUAUAGGCCACCUAAUGGGGCGCGUGAGUUGGAAGAGCAAAUGUGUAAGGAGAUAGCAGAUAUUUGUAGUAAACACAAGGUGGUGAUUGUGGGAGAUUUUAAUUUUCCACAUGUAGACUGGGAAGCUCAUUCUGUAAAAGGGCUGGAUGGUUUAGAGUUUGUGAAAUGUGUGCAGGAUAGUUUUUUGCAACAAUACAUAGAAGUACCGACUAGAGAUGGGGCAGUGUUGGAUCUCCUGUUAGGGAAUGCGAUAGGUCAGCUGACAGAUGUAUGUGUUGGGGAGCACUUCGGGUCCAGUGAUCACAAUAGCAUUAGCUUCAAUAUAAUUAUGGAGAAGGACAGGACUGGACCUAGAGUUGAGAUUUUUGAUUGGAGAAAGGCUAACUUUGAGGGGAUGCGAAGGGAUUUAGAGAGAGUGGAUUGGGUCAAGUUGUUUUAUGGGAAGGAUGUAAUAGAGAAAUGGAGGUCAUUUAAGGGUGAAAUUAUGAGGGUACAGAAUCUUUAUGUUAGGGUGAAAGGAAAGGUUAAAGGUUUGAGAGCACCAUGGUUUUCAAGGGAUAUUAGAAAUUUGGUUCAGAAAAAGAGGGAUGUCUACAAUAGAUAUAGGCAGCAUGGAGUAAAGGAAUUGCUCGAGGAUUAUAAAGAAUGUAAAAGGAAUCUUAAGAAAGAGAUUAGAAAAGCUAAAAGAAGAUACGAGGUUGGUUUGGCAAAUAAGGUGAAAGUAAAUCCGAAAGGUUUCUACAGUUAUAUUAAAAGCAAGAGGAUAGUGAGGGAUAAAAUUGGCCCCUUAGAGAAUCAGGGUGGUCAGCUAUGUGUGGAACCGAAGGAGAUGGGAGCGAUUUUGAAUGAUUUCUUCUCUUCGGUAUUCACUAAGGAGAAGGAUAUUGAAUUGUCUAAGGUGUGGGAAACAAGUAAGGAAGUUAUGGAACCUAUGACAAUUAAAGAGGUGGAGGUACUGGCGCUUUUAAGAAAUUUAAAAGUGGAUAAAUCUCCGGGUCCUGACAGGAUAUUCCCCAGGACCUUGAGGGAAGUUUGUGUAGAAAUAGCAGGAGCUCUGACGGAGAUCUUUAAUAUGUCAUUAUAAACGGGGAUUGUGCCGGAGGAUUGGCGUAUUGCUCAUGUGGUUCCAUUGUUUAAAAAGGGUUCUAGAAGGAAGCCUAGCAAUUAUAGACCUAUCAGUUUGACAUCAGUGGUGGGUAAAUUAAUGGAAAGUAUUCUUAGAGAUAGUAUUUAUAAUUAUCUGGAUAGACGGGAUCUGAUUAGAAGUAGCCAGCAUGGAUUUGUGCGUGGAAGGUCAUGUUUAACAAACCUUAUUGAAUUUUUUGAAGAAGUUACGAGGAAUGUUGACGAGGGUAAGGCAGUGGAUGUAGUCUAUAUGGACUUCAGCAAAGCCUUUGACAAAGUUCCACAUGGAAGGUUAGUUAAGAAGGUUCAGUCGUUAGGUAUUAAUGCUGGAGUAAUAAAAUGGAUUCAACAGUGGCUAGAUGGGAGAUGCCAGAGAGUAGUGGUGGAUAAUUGUUUAUCAGGAUGGAGGCCAGUGACUAGCGGGGUGCCUCAGGGAUCUGUUUUGGGCCCAAUGUUGUUUGUAAUAUACAUAAAUGAUCUGGAUGAUGGGGUGGUAAAUUGGAUUAGUAAGUAUGCCGAUGAUACUAAGGUAGGAGGUGUUGUGGAUAAUGAGAUGGAUUUUCAAAGCUUGCAGGGAGAUUUAUGCCGGUUAGAAGAAUGGGCUGAACGUUGGCAGAUGGAGUUUAAUGCUGAGAAGUGUGAGGUUCUACAUUUUGGCAGGAAUAAUCCAAAUAGAACAUACAGAGUAAAUGGUAGGGCAUUGAGGAAUGCAGAGGAACAGAGAGAUCUAGGAAUAACUGUGCAUAGUUCCCUGAAAGUGGAGUCUCAUGUAGAUAGGGUGGUGAAGAGGGCUUUUGGAACGCUGGCCUUUAUAAAUCAAAGCAUUGAGUACAGAAGUUGGGAUGUAAUGCUAAAGUUGUACAAGGCAUUGGUAAGGCCAAAUUUGGAAUAUUGUGUGCAGUUCUGGUCACCAAAUUAUAGGAAAGAUAUCAAUAAAUUAGAGAGAGUGCAGAGACGAUUUACUAGGAUGUUACCUGGGUUUCAGCAAUUAAGUUACAGAGAAAGGUUGAACAAGUUAGGUCUCUAUUCAUUGGAGCGUAGAAGGUUGAGGGGGGAUUUGAUCAAGGUAUUUAAAAUUUUGAGAGGGAUAGAUAGAGUUGACGUGAACAGGCUGUUUCCAUUGAGAGCAGGGGAGAUUCAAACUAGAGGACAUGAUUUGAGAGUUAGGGGGCAGAAGUUUAAGGGAAACACGAGGGGGUAUUUCUUUACUCAAAGAGUGAUAGCUGUGUGGAAUGAGCUUCCUGUAGAAGUAGUAGAGGCCAGUUCAGUUGUGUCAUUUAAGGUAAAAUUGGAUAGAUUUAUGGACAGGAAAGGAGUGGAGGGUUAUGGGCUGAGUGCGGGUAGGUGGGACUAGGUGAGAUUAAGGGUUCGGCACGGACUAGGAGGGCCAAGAUGGCCUGUUUCCGUGCUGUGAUUGUUAUAUGGUUAUAUGGUUAUAUUUUGAGAAAUUAGUCAUUGCAUAUGAUAGUUUUUCAUAGAUUAUACAACUGGUUUUGAACAUAGAGGCAUAAUAUUUAUAGGCGUUAGUCUCGAGAGACCAGGGAUUUGCACCUCGGAAAAUUUCCAGAGUGCAGGGCUGGGCAGCGUCAUAUGGGAGACCGGCAGUUUUCCCUCUCCACGUCACUGAUGUCAUCCAAGGGAAGGGCAAGGGCCAAUUCAGCUUGGCACCAGUGUCAUCGCAGAGCAAUGUGUGGUUAAAUGCCUUGCUCAAGGACAUGACAUGAUGCCUCAGCUGAGGCUCAAACUAGCAACCUUCAGAUCACUAGACCAACGCCUUAACCAGUUGGCCACGUGCCAACACGUGGCAUAAAAGAAAUAAAAUCAAAGGAAAUUUGUUGAACUUGUUCAAAACCUUAUUUGGAGCUUAGAGAGCGGUUUUGGGUAUAAACUUUGGGCAGCAGUGGGCCACUGGCUCCUUCUGCUUGAUGCAUCAUCAAAUAAAAUCAUGAGUAAUCUCAGCUCUGCAGCCUCCCAGCCAACAGUCACCUUCCUCUCUCCUGCUUGUCAAGGAUCCAACUUCUCUUCCUUGAGUAGCUCUGCUCUCAAAGACUUGUGAUGAACAAAAGCCGCUUCAUUUUUGUCUUCAGUGGCAGACUCCAGAUUUUAAAAGAGAUAUGCUCUCAUACGGAACAAUGGAACCCGUGAGUUUUUGUUCAGUAGGAUUUUGCGAGGGAUAAUAGAUGACAUUUUUGCUAAGAGGCUGACUGAGAAGUUAAGGUUUCUUACUAGAGCAGAGUGACUAAAGAAACGACAACAAGCUUUUAAGGUUCACAAAGAUCGUUUCUAUUUCUAUUGAUACUCAAAACGACUGAGUAUCAACUAAGGUAAUCUUGACAAGAAAUGAACAGAGGCUGAUGGAGAGAAAUAGUGGGGCAGGUUUGCUGGUUUGAUUGAUCCCCUGUCUGGCCUGCAUACUCUUUUCUUCCUUCAUUCAUCAUAACCUUACUCUUGCCAUGUCUAUAAACCCAUUUCUCUCUUUGGCAUCACAUCCAAGGUCCAAGUUUAUUUUAGGGACCAUUGGCUCAUUCCUCAGCAAACAUUUACCUGCAAAGGAAUUUUGCAUGAAACAGAAAAUUAAACCCCAUAUCGGCAGCCUCACAAUACAGAAUUAUGAGGGGUAUAGAUUGGGUCUGUACCCUAAGAGCUUGGGGGGUCUUAGAGAGGCGGCUUCCAGCAAGGCUGGUGUGCAGGAGUCCAUGAUCACGGAGAGUCAGACCCGACUUAACGACUGAACAACAAUGUAGUAUUGGAGUAUAAAAGUUGCAACUUGCUAUUUGCUAGAGAAUGAAAUCCUAAGAAUGUAGAAGACAAUGUUGUGUUAAUAAGAGGAAGCUAAGAGAUGUAGAUUAGAAAAUCUGAGUUUGCUAUUUGCUAUGCAUGUACCCAAUUUAGUAGGAGAAUGAAAUAUUAAGAAUGUAGAAGACAAUGGUGUGUUAAUGAAAGGUAGCUAAGAGAUGUAGAUUAGAACAUGAUUAAGUCAAUGGGUAGAAACAAUAGUGGCCGAUGUACGUGAUACGCAACUAUAGACCGAUUGCAUGUGCUAAUGCAACUAAACCAGGAGAUUGCCAUAAAACAUGCUAUGUACAAGGAUCAGCGACUAGCUCAAUGACUGUCUCAGCUUUGAUUUGCAAAUUAAAGCUUAACCCUUCUUGAAGAAUCUUCUGCGUCUCCUAGUCAUUUGUGGGGCACGAGAAACCACGACAAUAGACAGGGUGAAUGGAAGCAGGCGUUUUCCACUGAGGUUAGGUGAGACUCGAACUAAAGGUCAGAGCUUAAAGGUGAAAGGUGAAAUGUUUAAAGGGGCUCAUGAGGGGGAGCUUCUUCACUCAGAGGGUGGUGAGAGUGUGGAGCGAACUGCCAGCUGAAGUGGUGGAAUAUGAGUUCGAUUCAAAAAAGUAACAGAAAUUUGGAUAAGUGCAUGGAUGAGAGGGGUAUGGAGGGUUCUGGUUUCUGUGUGGAUUGAUCGGACUAGGCAGAAUAACAGUUUGCAUGGACUAGAUGGGCUGAAUGGCCUGUUUGUGUGCUGUGGUACUCCAUGACUCUAAUUGAAAUGAUUCUGACAUUCCAUUAAGCCUCAGCUGAAAAUAUUUUCCCUUUCCCACCCCUCCACAACAAAGUCUUGGGUCGACUGCUAACUUUUGCCCCCCGCAAGCAGUAAACAUGGUAUUCCAU